AUGAUCCAUUACAGUUGCUCGGUGCGCGUCGAUUCGCUGCUGUUCGCGGAUACUGUGAUGGGACGUGAGCAUAUUGGUGCAGUCGAGGAAAUGGAGCAGCACGACGAGCAGAUUGGUGCAGUUGAGGAAUUAGAGCAGCUUGGCGAAAUGCAAGUUGAGGAGAGGGCAGCCACUGAAACCCCAACAGAUCGCGCACCUAAAAAGAACGGUAUCAAACGGAAGAAGUUGACCAAAAAACUGCGCAAAACAAAGAAAACGGCAAGCAUUUAUGUCGAAUUUUUUGCAUAUUGCUCAUUUUUCGCUUCGUUUGAUAAUUUUCUGGCCUACAUCUGA